GUAGUACAAUACAGAAAUUUGCAGCAAUACUCAUUUAUAUUACUCAGGUUUUUAGUAAAUACUCAGGUUUUCAAUAAUGGUCAGUUUUUUGAUGGUUGAGAUAUUAACGGGUGUAAUUUCUAUGACAUAAAUUUACGAUUAAUAUCUCAACCAUGCAUUUCAAAGCCGUUAUGUGCUUUAAUAAAGUAAAAGUAUCAUGUCACCACCACUCAAAUUUCAUACUAGUCCGCCAACACAAGAUAUAGGCUACACAGUUGGUGUACUUCGGUAGAAGUAGCUAGGUGAAAACGUGCAGAGGUUAAGCUCUGUGGAUGCUCGCAAGUAACUGCUGGAUUAGAUGUGCAAUGAGACUUUGAUGUUGAAUUUUUCUAAUAUAAAUUAUUGGAGCUUUGAGGCCACACGAAGAUAGGCCAGCAAGGAGCCUUUUAUCUAUGUGAACAGCGGAGAAUAUCAAGACAUUUCGCAUAUCAUCAAAACUAUCAGUAUGGACAAAUACUACUCCAGGUAAGUGGAAACAUACCUUAAUUUUAUUUUUGGGUGAACUGCCCAUUUAAGGCUACACAGGCAUGGGCAAAUCACAAAUCCAGGUGGUAGUCCUCUAAGCCACCAAGCAGACAAAAUCUGCCAAAUAACUAGAUUUGUAAUCAAACGGUUCACAUGUGGUUAAAGUGCAGUUUCACAGCCUGUAUUAAAGGCUUUUUAAAAAAUACAUUUUGGUUUCACCGUGUAGAAAUCACAACACCCUUAAAACAUAGCCCCCCAUUUCAGUUGUGAAAGUAGUAAUGUUUAGUACUUUGGUGCAAAUACUUUGCAUGCAAUGACUGCUUGAAGUCUGUGACCCAUAGGCAUCACCAGGUGCUGAGUAUCUCUUCUGGUGAUCCUCUGCCACGCCUGUACUGCAGCCAUUUUCAGCUCCGGCUUGUUUCGCAGGUUCAAUUCCCGAGUAGGACACUGCUGUUGUACCCUUGAGCAUGGUACUUAACCUGUAUUCGGUCAGUAUAUAUCCAGCUGUAUAAGUGGAUGCAAUGCUAUGUAAUACUAUGUAAAAUGUUAUGAGGUCGGUAAAUGCCUGUAAUGUAAUUUUUCGGGGGCUGGUUGCCGUAAGUUUUUUCUUCAGCAUGUGAAACGCAUGUUCACAUGGAUUCAGAUUGGGCAACUGACUUAGCCAGUCAAAAUGUUUCAUGUUUUUGGUUUUGAAAUACUCCUUUGUUGAUUUAGCAAUAUGUUGCACAUCACUGUUGAUUUGCUGUAGGAUGAAGUGCCAUCCAAAGAGUUUGGAGGUAUUUGCUUGAACCUGAGUAGAUAGAAUGUUUCUGAACACUUCAGUUCAUUCUGCUGCUGCUAUCAGCAGUUAUAUCAUCAAUGAAGACAAGUAAGCCAGUACCUUUGGCAGCCAUGCAAGGCCAAGCCAUAGCACCCCCACCAGUAUGUUUCACAGAUUAGGUGGUAUGCUUUGCAUCUUGGGAAGUUCCUUUUGGUCACAACACUUUGCUCUUGUCAUCAGUCUGAUACAAAUGAUUCUUGGUCUCAUCUGUUCACUAGACCUUUUCCUGAACUCUGUCGGCUCUUUUAGGUACUUAUUAGCAAACUGUAACCUGGCCAUCCUGUUUUUGCAGCUAAUUGUUGGUUUGCAUCUUGCAGUGCAGCCUCUUGUGGAAGUAGUCACUGACAUCUCCACACCUGCCUCCUGAAGAGUGUUUCUGAUCUGUUGAACAGGUGUUUGGGGGUUUUUCUUCAUUGUGGCGAGAAUUUUCAUCAAUUGUAGAGGUCUUCCUUAGCUUACCAGGCCCUUUGCAAUUAUUGUGUUCACAAGUACUUUCUUUCUUCUGAAUGAUGUUCCAAACAGCUGAUUUUGGUAAGCAUAAGGUUUAGCCUACUGCAUGUCUCUGACUGUUUUUUCUCUUCUUCUUAUUUCUGAGCCUCAUAAUGGCUUCCUUGACUGUCAUCAGCAAAACUCGGGUCCACAUGUUGACAAACACCAAUAACAGACUCCAAAAACAAUCAAAAGCCUAUAAUCAAGAGUAGGUAAUGCAUACUGUUUACACCCGCACUAAGGAAGCGACUCCCAAGCGUUAUGGUGCCCUCAUGUGGGCGGGUGUAUGAUAUGUGUAAGAAGUGCUGUAAUUUACAGUAGGCUAUACAUGGUGAAACCAAAAUGCGCAAAUAUACCCUUUAAUAAAAACUGAGUAUGCACUUGGACCACAUGUGAAUUUUGUGAAUAUGUCUUUGUCCCAAACAUUAUGGAGCUCACUGUAUAUGCCCAUCCCUCCUAUCCAAUACACACGUAGGCUACAGCAGUACAAUCCUUUUGUAUGCAUAUCCUUGAGACAUUCAGAUAGAAUAGAGACAUUGUGCCGUUGUUGUUUCUUUAGCUGUUUUGAAGCUAAUAUGGCUGUUUACAUGCGUGAAUUCUUGGUCGGAAAUUCCGUGUGACCAUGGCUCUGUAAUUAAAUUUGUAUUAGGUUUGGGGAUUUAUUAAAAGCCCUUGGUUGCAUGUCUGAUGGAUUUACACAGAAACGCAGGUUACAGAAACAUUCAGAAAUAUGAAUAGAAAUUACGGAGCCCUCCGUAAGAAAUACAGGUUUUACUGUAACAGUCCCUCGUUUUAUAGCAACAUUAUACUCGGCGUUAGUUAUUUAUCACUGGAAAGCUAACGUUAGCGCACUGACCUAAUUCUAAGGCAAUUUGCCAGCAUGAGCCAGUGGAUUCCGUCUGCAGCGGAUGGGAGAAUAUGUGACACCGUGACAUGACUUGGUGCAAUUGAUAUUAUAUUAAGCAAAUAGGUUACACCAUUUUUGUGCAUUUGCUUCGGACUUAGCCUUAUGCUGAACAUGUCACUGUCACUGAUAUGCAGCGUUUGUUCCAUGGAUUUUAGAUCAGCAGUUCUUCCCAAGCUUUUGCUGUGCAGUGCAGUAAGCGAGUGACGUCAUCACCUCUGAUCUCAGGUCACGCUACUGCUGAUUUCAGGCUGUAAUGUGGGAGGAGCUGGUCUGGUAGGUGCCGCUAGCUUCAACCGUUAAACGCGGUGUCAAUCUAAAGACGGUAAUUUAGCGAUAGCUCCGAUAAGAAAAUGGAUUGGACCUAAGUGACAGCGGGUUAAAUGUGAUUUGUACAACUACCUUGGGGAAAUGCACUGGCAAAAGAUAAAUCAUUCGGCGAAUGAUGUGCAGUUGGAGGUGAGUGGUCUGGCCAUGGGGUUGGUGCCACUGGAUGGGGUGUGUGCCACAGAUGGUGUGGCCAACCCAUCAGACCCCCAGCGCAGCCGGCAGGGUUUUGCGCAGCUGCAGCAGAAGGUUCUCCGGCUGACGGAGCAGAUCAGGGUGGAGCAGGCGGCACGCGACGACAAUGUGGCAGAGUACCUGAAGCUGGCCAACAAUGCUGACCGGCUGCAGAGCACCCGCAUCAAGCAAGUGUUUGAGAAGAAGAACCAGAAGUCAGCACAGACCGUCCUCCAGUUGCAGAAGAAGCUGGACCUGUACCAGCGCAAGCUGAGGGAGGCGGAGCAAGGGGGUUCUGUCCGGCAGCACAAGGAUGUGCACCAGAGCCUGAGGGGCGUGGGCUCCAAGGUGACCACCAAGCCCAAAGAGUUUGCCUCCGCCGUACACAACAGAUUCGGUAGCUCCGAGAAUGUGUGGGUGGUGAAGGAGCUGCAGGAGGAGCCGCCAGCUGGGCCAGGGGAGGAGGCGCAGUCCAGUCCCCGUUACGGCAGUGAGGACGAGGGAUCCAGCGCCACCUCGGGAUCGAUGGGGGCCCGCAGCACCUCUGGGGGCCCUGCACUGGAGAACCCACCGAGCUCAGGCCUGGAAGCCCUCCUCCAUCAGCUCCAGGAUGUGGGCCGGACGCAAGCACGGCUGGAGGAAGCUCUGGACAAGCUGAGAGGGCUCUAUGAGAGGGACUACCAACUGCUCAUGCAGGCCUUGCAAGACCAGCGCUACAGAUGUGAACGGCUGGAAGAGCAGCUUAAUGACCUGAUGGAGCUCCACCAGAAUGAGGUGCUCAACCUGAAGCAGGAUUUGGCCAGCGUGGAGGAGAAGAUUGCAUACCAAUCCUACGAGAGAGGGAGGGAUGUGCAGGAGGCUCUGGACGCGUGUCAGACACGUAUCUGUAAGAUGGAACUGCAGCAACAGCAGGGGGGACAGAUGGAAGGGGGCGAGGGCCGAGCGGGGCGCCCCCUUCUGGGCAAGCUCAUCAAUGUGCUGCUGGCGCUCAUGGCUGUGCUGUUGGUGUGCGUCUCCGCGGCGGCCAACUGCGCCGUGCCCCUGCUGAAGACUCGCGCUCGAGCCCUGUGCUCCCUGCUCCUCCUCCUCCUGCUGGCCUUCCUCUGGAAGAACUGGGACACGCUCGCAGAACACCUGGACCACCACCUGGACCACCUCCUGGAGCUCUAUGCAUGACCAGACAGCAGCAGCACCUCAGCGCCACUCUGCAACCCAGUGGCCAGUUCUCUUUCAGCAAGUCAAUCUGUUUACAUUUUGGAGUGAAAUUAUUUCUUAUAAGACAUUUUAACACUGAUGUAUAUUUUUUAGAAUUUAAUCAGCUGGUUAUGUUUCUUGUGAGUGACUAAGCCCCCAUUGUUUCGGACUAGAAUUCUAAAGAAUUCCACCUUGACUGUUUGUCCCCUUCCUCUCUCUCCCUUCUCUAUUAUGUGUGUGACCCACAUGGUCCAGUCUGUUGCUCUGUACAUGGUGCAGAGGUUGUGUGUACUGCAACAUGAUCCUGGGCAACAGGUGACCGUACAGGCUAUGCCCAGAAGCCUAUGGUUCCAAACUGUUGACCAGAUGAAACCACCACCACUUUUAUUUUUGCAGAUUAAAUAAACUAAUUUAAAGGA